AUAGGUAUACAUUAUGUGUUCCAAUUAAUUCUGCAGAAAGUGUGAAAAUAAUCGACAUAUUUCUGCGCAGGUUGGAUCUAUCUGACAACAUGUGAAGCAUUUGUGGGGAAAAAAAUAAAGCAAGGUGACAACCAAAAUACAGAAAGACACUGCAAAUGCAGAAAAUACGACUAAAUCGUUAAAACAAAACCAAACAUACAGAAAAUCCUGCUCGGAGGCAAAAUAUAGAUAUAGUUUUACCCUAACCCAACACCAUCAAUGGUGGGCUAACUUCAGUACUCUCGCGAAUCACAAACCAGGACACCAACAUUAAGCCUUGUUUAAACAUUAAUCACUAUCGGUAUGUGCUGGUGUUGGUACAAUUUGAAGUAGUGAAAGUGAACGCUUCCAGUGUCUGGCAGUCUCCACCUGCCACACGAACAGCAGCUGCUGUCUCGACGAGACCAAACUCGUUUCACUGAGCAGGACUCGCACUCAGCAGGUUUCUUUAUAGGAGACAAGUCCUCAUCAUGAACACUCAGAACCGACAGUAUGAGGAGAAGGUGCGUCCCUGCAUUGAUCUCAUUGACUCUCUUCGCUCUCUGGGAGUAGAGAAGGACCUGGCGCUGCCUGCUAUCGCCGUGAUUGGAGACCAAAACUCGGGGAAGACCUCCGUGCUGGAGGCGCUGUCAGGGGUGGCUCUGCCGAGAGGAAGUGGAACUGCUACUCAAUGUCCUCUCAAGCUGAAGACGAAGAGGACAAAAGAGGGCGAGGAGUGGUAUGGAAAGAUAAGCUACCAACGCAAAGUCAAUGAGAACUACGAGGAAAAGAUAAAAAAUCCUGCAGAUGUGGAGAAAAAGAUUCAAGAAGCUCAGAAUAACUUGACCGGCACUUCGGUGGGGAUCAGUGAGGAACCCAUCGAUCUGGAGAUCGCUUCUCCAGAUGUUCCGGAUCUGACGCUUAUAGACCUGCCCAGCAUCAACAGGGUGGCUGUAAAGGGACAACCAGAGAACAUCGGAGAGGAGAUUAAGAGACUGAUCAAGAAAUUCAUCAGAAAACAGGAAACCAUCAUCUUGGUGGUUGUUCCAUGCACUGUGGACAUAGCAAACACAGAGGCUUUGAAGAUGGCCCAGGAAGUGGAUCCUGAUGGAGAGAGGACUUUGGGUAUUUUGACUAAGCCCGAUCUGGUGGACAAAGGCACAGAGGAGACGGUGGUUAAAAUUGUCCAUAAUGAGGUCAUUCACCUGAAGAUGGGCUACAUGAUCGUCAGGUGCAGGGGCCAUCAGGAGAUCACAGAGAAGGUGUCUCUUAUUGAAGCAAUGGAAAGAGAGAAAACCUUCUUCCAAGAUCAUGCACAUUUCCAGAUUCUCUACAAUGAGGGUCAAGCCACUGUUCCAAAACUGGCUGAAAAACUCACCCUUGAGCUGGUGCAUCACACUGAGAAAUCUCUGCCUCGACUGAAAGAGCAGACGGAGGAGAAACUAGCACAGACUCGUGCAGAGUUGGACAGAUGUGGCAAUGAACCCCCGUCUGAUGCAACUGAGAGACUUGUCUUCCUCACUGAAAAAGUGACAGCAUUCACUCAGGAUGCCAUCAGUCUGACCACAGGAGAGGAACUAAAGUGUGUAGACAGGAUCAACAUCUUUACUACGCUCAGAAGAGAGUUUGAGAAGUGGAUUGUCCACCUGGAACACUCAGGAGAAAACUUUAACAAGAGGAUUGAGAAAGAGGUGGAGGAGUAUGAAGAGAGGUACCGUGGAAGAGAACUGCCGGGCUUCAUUAACUUCAAGACCUUUGAGUUUAUAGUCAAGGAGCAGAUCAAACAGCUGGAAGAACCUGCUGUCAAAAGACUCAAGGAAGUAGGAGAUGCUGUUCGGAAGGAGUUCAUUCAGCUGGCUCAGAACUGCUUCGCUGGACUUCCUAACCUUGUGGACAAAUCCAAGGCAAACAUCGAAGCCAUUAAGAAAGAAAAAGAGUCUACUGCUGAAAACAUGCUGAGAACCCAGUUCAAGAUGGAGCUGCUUGUUUACUAUCAAGAUAAAACCUACAGCGGCAUCUUGUGUGACAGAAAGAGUGAGGAGAACAAGGAGAAAGACGAAGACAGCAUGGAUAAUCGUGCAUUUCAGAAGCUGAUGUUGGACCUUAAAUCAUAUUACAAAUUUGUCAGCCAGCAUAUAGCUCACCAAAUCCCCCUUGUGAUCCGCUACCACAUGUUGCACGAGUCUGCAGUCCAGCUGCAGAAGGAGAUGUUCAAACUGCUUCAGGAUAAAAACAAAUUGAAUUUCUUGCUGACGGUGGGUUCCGACACUGGCCAAAAGAGGGCUGCCUUGAGGAGUCGCCUCAGUAAUCUCACGCAGGCCCUUGCAUACCUGGUGGAGUUCUAGAGGGGGUCAAAACUUGACAUCAUGAUGUUGUUUUUUAAGCUGUCUCAUAAAUUCAUCAUUGCGAAGUUAGUGUAUGAUUUAGAUCUUGGGUGUAAAAUGAAAUGUUAUAUGUGCAAAUGAUCUAUUUGAUGCAAAUGCUAAAUCAGAAUGUGUGCUCAAAGCUAGAAGUUACUAAAACUAACCUACUAUCAAAAAAAUGUUCAAGCCCCUCAAGCUCCUGAGUCAUCAUAACAAGAAUGAAUCAGAAACAUUGCACCAACAUGGUGAUGUCUCAUCUGGCGAGGACCAGACUUGAAUAUCGGUCUUUCUGUCUAUCAUGUUAAAGUCACCAAGAACCCGAGAAAGAGUGGCAAAUACGAUUUAAAGGGCUAUGCAAAAUAAUAGCCACAAGAAAUGGUCAAGAAAUAUACAGUCAUAGUCCUCACUGACUUUCUUUCACAAAUGAAUAAAAAAAACCAGAUGUAUAUUCUUUCGAAUUGACAGCAAUGAAUUGUCUGAUGUUACAUUGGGCAUGAAUUGAAAUAAUCACUGAAUAAAAAUGACCAUUGUCAAGGCUGAUUCA